AUGUCGCAAUUGCCUAAAAUAAUUUUAACCAAUGAAGGGAAAACCCUAUACAAUAUUCUGAAUCAUCCAAUAAGGACAGUAAAAUCUCGAAUUGAAUAUUUUUUUAAGUUUGAAAAUUUUGAUAAUUUGAAUAAUGAAAUAUCAGUAAAAGAUAAUUUUGAUCGUCUUUUUGUUCCUUUAAAACAUCCGGUUCGAAAUUUUAAAGAUACAUUUUAUUUAAAUCAAAAUUAUAUAAAAAAUUAUCCUUAUAUACAAAAAUAUUAUUAUGAUAUAUAUGAAAAAUUAAAUCCUUUUUAUAAAUAUUAUUUAGCUAAUAAAUUCCUACAUCAUGAUCAGAUUAAAUUAAAAAGAACACACAUGACUACACAUUUACCUGAAUUGUUAAGAACAAACCAUAAACAGGUUAUAUAUACGGGUACAGUAUAUAGAAGAGAUCAAAUAGAUAAAUUGCAUUUUCCUAUUUUUCAUCAAACAGAUGGCUUUUUAAUACAUCAUGAUACUUUUGAUGUAGAAUCCGAGUUAAAGUUAAAAUUGGAAAAAUUAAUUUCCCAUUUGUUUGUAUCAAAAUCUAUACAAAUGCAAUGGGACCAUCAAACAUCUUUUCCUUUUACAGAGCCUUCCUUCGAAUUAUACAUAAAACCAAAUCCAGAUGAUAAUAAUAAUAAUAAUAUUAUUGUCUCAAAUCCAAAAAUCGUAACAUCACAAUCUAAUGGGUGCACUACACAAGAAAAUCAUAACGACUUAAAAAACUGGGUCGAGGUUUUAGGUUGUGGAAAAAUAAAAAAAGAAGUAAUUGCAAUUUCAUUAUAUGAAAAUGAAAUAAAUAAAAUUAUAGAAAAAGAAAUUUCCUUAUUUGCACCAAAUUUAUUGAAAGAUAUUUUUAAAUUUUCAAAUGAAAAAAAUAUUGAUAUUUAUUUGCCAUCUGUUUUCAAUGUAUCAAAUAAAUUGUGUAAUGAUGAUCUUAAUAAAAAAAUCGAAAUUAAAAUUAACGAAUUUUUAAAAACAAUAAAAUAUGAUGGAUGGGCAUUUGGAAUAGGCCUUGAAAGAUUGGCUAUGCUAUUAUACGGUAUUAAUGAUAUAAGAUUAUUUUGGAGCCAAGAUAAUAGAUUUAUAAAUCAGUUUAAAGAAAAUGAAAUCUCAAAAUUUAUACCAUUCAGCAAUUUUCCAUCAAUUCAUAAAGAUAUAUCAUUUUAUGCAAAUGACAAUUUUGAUGAAGCAUUAUUUUUUCAAAUAUGUCGAGAUAUAGCUAAUGAAAAUAUUGAACAAGUUAAAAAAAUUGAUCAUUAUUUUAAUCAAAAAACAAAACAAACAAGUUUAUGCUAUAGAAUAAUAUAUAGAUCACAUUUUCAAAACUUAACCCACAAAAAUAUAAAUGAAACACAAAAUAAAAUUAUACAAGCAUUAACCAAGGAAUGUUUUAUUACUAUUAGAUAG